AUGAGUGGAAGAGGAAGAGGAAGAAAUACUGGACGUGGAGGAGCCCCAAGAGGUGGACGUGGAGGAUCUAAUGGAAGAGGAGGAUUCGGUAAUGACAACAAAGGUCCAAGAAAUGCUGGAAGAGGUGCACCAAAAGGUGGACGUGGAGCAAAAGGAGGAGCAAAAGGACGUGGGGGAAUUGGAUCUAAAGGAGGAGUCCAAAUUAGAGAACACUCAAAAUUCCCAGGUAUUUAUAUUGCCUCAGGUAAAGAAGAACAAUUAUUAACAAUCAACAGAGUUCCAGGAGAAUCAGUUUAUGGUGAAAAGAGAAUCGCCAAAGAAGAUGCUGAAGGAAAUAAGAUUGAGUACAGAGUAUGGAAUCCAUAUAGAUCAAAACUUGGAUGUACAAUUUUGAAAGGAGUUGAUAAUAUGACUAUUUGUCCAGGUGCUAAAGUAUUGUACAUUGGAGCUGCUUCAGGAACAACUGUUCU